CCCCUCCAGGUGAGGGCCCGGAUGAAGACUGCAGGGGCGGAGCUCCAGGCACACCAUCCUCCCCACACAGGCCUGCUCGGAGUUCAAGUUCAAGGGUUCAGGGCUGGGCCCAGCCUCUCCUUUGCUUGGGAAGAUCAUUCUCGUCCUCUGAUUCCCCACCGCAGUGAGGCUGGAAUUUGGAGUUUGACCCGCAAGGAGGCUCUCAGCUGUAGGCGGUGCAGGAGAGGGUGGCCACUGUCCUCUCAAGCUCUGGCUGUGAGGGGAGAGGAGCCCAGGUGUCCCCCAUUCUUGCAGCCACCCUUGCCUCAGAAGCCACGGACGGGCCCCCAGGCAGGUAAGCCUGGCCUCUGGAGGAAGGUGGGCGCAUCCUUGUUUGCUAGCAAUGUGGGAAGUGGACAUUUCGUUGGCCUGGCAGGGUCAGGUGCUGCUGUGGGCCUCUCGGUCACUGCUUAUGAAUUGAAUGGCCUGUUCUCUGUGUUGAUGUUGGCCUGGAUCUUCCUGCCCAUCUAUAUCGCUGGUCAGGUCACCACGAUGCCAGAAUACCUAAGGAAACGCUUUGGUGGCAACAGGAUCCCCAUCAUCCUGGCUGUGCUCUACCUGUUCAUCUACAUCUUUACCAAGAUCUCGGUGGACAUGUAUGCAGGCGCCAUCUUUAUUCAGCAGUCUCUGCACCUCGAUCUCUACCUGGCCAUAGUCGGGCUGCUCGCCAUCACGGCUCUGUACACUGUUGCAGGUGGCCUGGCCGCUGUGAUCUACACAGAUGCCCUGCAGACUCUGAUCAUGCUUAUAGGAGCACUCGUCCUGAUGGGCUACAGUUUUGCUGCAGUUGGCGGGAUGGAAGGCCUGAAGGAGAAGUACUUCUUAGCUGUGGCUAGCAACCGGAGUGAAAAUAACAGCUGCGGACUGCCUCGAGAAGAUGCCUUCCAUAUUUUCCGAGACCCUCUGACAUCUGAUCUCCCAUGGCCAGGGAUCCUGCUUGGAAUGUCCAUCCCAUCCCUCUGGUACUGGUGCACAGAUCAGGUGAUCGUUCAGCGGUCUCUGGCUGCCAAGAACCUAUCCCAUGCCAAAGGAGGCUCUCUGAUGGCUGCCUACCUGAAGGUGCUGCCUCUUUUCAUGAUGGUGUUCCCUGGAAUGGUCAGUCGUGUCCUCUUCCCAGAUCAAGUGGCUUGUGCAGAUCCAGAGACCUGCCUGAAGGUCUGUAGCAACCCCUCCGGCUGCUCUGACAUCGCAUAUCCCAAACUUGUGCUGGAACUCCUGCCCACAGGGCUCCGUGGGCUCAUGAUGGCUGUGAUGGUGGCGGCGCUCAUGUCCUCCCUCACCUCCAUCUUUAAUAGUGCCAGCACCAUCUUCACCAUGGACCUCUGGAAGUACAUUCGGCCUCGGGCAUCAGAGAAAGAGCUCAUGAUUGUAGGCAGGGUAUUUGUGUUGCUGCUGGUGCUGGUCUCCAUCCUCUGGAUCCCCAUAGUCCAAGCCAGCCAGGGAGGCCAGCUCUUCAUUUACAUCCAGUCCAUUAGCUCCUACCUGCAGCCGCCCGUGGCCGUGGUCUUCAUCAUGGGAUGUUUCUGGAAACGGACCAAUGAAAAGGGGGCCUUCUCAGGUCUGAUCUUGGGCCUUCUCCUAGGCUUGAUUCGGCUGGUCCUGGACUUCAUUUACCCGCAACCGCGGUGUGACCAGCCAGAUGACCGCCCCGCUGUGGUGAAGGAUGUCCACUACCUCUAUUUCUCCAUGGUUCUGUCUGCAGUGACUCUGAUCACCGUGUCCAGUGUGAGCUGGUUCACAGAGUCGCCCUCCAAGGAGAUGGUAAGCCGCCUGACCUGGUUUACUCGUCAUGACCCCACGGUCCAGAAGGAACAGGUGCCACCAGCAACUCCCCAGCCCCUUACUAUCUCUCAGAAUGGGACUCCAGAGGCCAGCAUCACAAACAUCCAGUUGGAGAUUGUUCAGGAAAACAUAUCCAAACCCCACAGCUGUGACACGACCCCAAAGCAGUCCAAAGUGAUGCGAGCCAUCUUGUGGCUCUGUGGAAUGGAGAGCCUGGGCAAGGAACCCCCAAGUACCGUGGAACCGGUCAUAGCUUCCUUGGAAGAAAAUCCCCUUGUAAAAACCCUUCUGGACAUCAACCUCAUCGUCUGUGUAAGCUGCGCCAUUUUUCUCUGGGGCUACUUUGCUUAAUGUGGGGGUGAACCCAGGGGUCCAGUCUGUUGUCCGAGCCCUGUUUUUGUAAUGAAAGGGAAUAAAUAAUAAAGCUUUUGUUUGUUUACUGUGA